UCAGGUAAGAAACUUCAGAAUGUGGGCACACUUCUCAAAAUCGUCAUACUAGAAUGCAUCGGAAGAUGUACCGAUCGGCUGGCUGCUUUGCGUAAUGACCAGGCGUUCGAGCGAGGACCUACUGACGGACUCCGCAACGAGGAAGUGCCUAUCAAUUAUCGUACAGCCGAAGAACGAAAUCCCAUACGGUUUCUGUUGAAGGUAGAGUAGAUGCAGUGAAAACAGAGGAAAUACCCUUCUUAGCAUCACUUGCUUCCUGUUCUUCAACGUUCCAAUCCCAAUGGAGCUCUUUUUCAAGCGUUUUGAGUACUCCAGUCUCCUCAUAGAGCAAUUCCAGUAAAUCAAAAAGAAGAAGUCAAUACAGCCUAUCAGAUAGAUACAGUAAUACGCCGGUGGCAUUAUGCAGACGGAUAUAACCAAUGCUAUACAUAUGAAUGCACACAGAAUACAUGUCCAUGCCUGAAACUCGAGAGCAUCUAA